AUGGCUGAAGGUCAAGAAGAAAUGUUUCAGUCUCCAUGUAUAGCACCAAGAUAUGAUGAUAGCUGUGCAGAACAUAAGGAUCAAUGGGUGAUCAUGGAAGGCGGCGGCGGCGAUGAUGAUGAUAAUGAUACGUACAACACAUCUUCCCUUGAUAAUUCAAGUACUACCAAUGGAUCAACAAUUUCUUCAUCAGAUAUGGUUGAUGAUGCAUCUUCAUGUUCAUCCUCAAAUUCUAAUGGUCCUCUGUAUGAAUUGUCUGAGCUCAUGGCCCAUCUGCCCAUCAAGAGAGGAUUAUCUAAAUAUUAUCAGGGCAAGUCUCAGUCUUUUACAUCUCUAUCAAGGGUAACAAGCAUUGAAAAUCUUGCAAAGAAGGAAAAACCUUAUAGAAGGAAAAUGAAGGCAUCUAAGAGUUGUGCGAAUGGUUUGGAUUUUCACAAAUCAUACACGCUUCCUAAGCCCAUCAUAGCAAAGAAGGUCUCAAGAGGUUCUAUGUCAUCUUUAUGUUUUCCGGGUAGAAUUGCAGGCAGUUUUUUAAAUAGCACUAGGCCUCCUACAAUUCCACUGCACAAGAGGUUCUGA